AUGAUUAGGCUUUUGGUUCACCCACAAAAAAAAUUUUGUCCUUUCCAUGCAUUUCGCUAUUAUGUUCGGUGCUUUCGUAAGACGAAGGGAAAAUGUUGCACACUUCCUGAUUCUGCGCCUAUCGGUGGCGCAAAUCUUACGACCAUGACUAUUAAAUGUUUUGAUGAAAAAAUCACAGAGAAUUGGUUUGGUGAAAUAAGAUACAAAGAAAAUAACGAGGACAAAACGGUGGAUUACUGGAGUGCAGCCACGGUGGCGGGAAGUAAGGAGCACUUGGGUAUCGUCAAAAAGGCGAGCUCAUCAAGACAACAGGGCUGCUGCAGUAAUACACAGUUAGCAGCAGCAGUUGCAACCGUUAUAUCACCGUUAUCGUCGUCAGUUCUAACCGCAAGAUAUGUCGUCGUUGAGUAG